AUGACAGUCCGCCUUCAACAGUGUCAGACAAAACUAAAGGGACGAGACAAUGUUCGGUCGCUGACUAGAGAACGAGACAGUGAUCGAUCGCUGACUAGAGGACGAGACAGUGAUCGGUCGCUGCCUAGAGGACGACGAAGUGAUCGGUCCCUGACUAGGGGACGAGACAAUGUUCGGUCGCUGACUAGAGGACGAGACAGUGAUCGGUCGCUGCCUAGAGGACGACGAAGUGAUCGGUCCCUGACUAGGGGACGAGACAAUGUUCGGUCGCUGACUAGAAAACGAGACAGUGAUCGAUCGCUGCCUAGAGGACGAGACAGUGAUCGGUCCCUGACUAGAGGACGAGACGGUAAUCGGUCGCUGACUAGAGGUCGAGAGAGUAAUUGGUCGCUGACUAGAGGUCGAGAAAGUAAUUGGUCGCUGACUAGAGGACGAGACAGUGAUCGGUCGCUGACUAGAAAACGAGACAGUGAUCGAUCGCUGACUAGAGAACGAGACAGUGAUCGAUCGCUGACUAGAGAACGAGACAGUGAUCGGUCGCUGCCUAGAGGUCGAGAGAGUAAUUGGUCGCUGACUAGAGGACGAGACAGUGAUCGGUCGCUGACUAGAAAACGAGACAGUGUUCCAUCGCUGACUAGAGAACGAGACACUGAUCGAUCGCUGACUAGAGGACGAGGAAUUGAUCGGUCCCUGACUAGGGGACGAAACAGUGAUCGAUCGCUGACUAGAGGACGAGACAGUGAUCGGUCGCUGACUAGAGGACGAGACAGUGAUCGGUCGCUGACUAGAGGUCGAGAGAGUAAUUCGUCGCUGACUAAAGGAGGAGACAGUGAUCGAUGGCUUACUAGAGGUCGAGAGAGUAAUUGGUCGCUGACUAGAAAACGAGACAGUGAUCGGUCGCUGACUAGAGGACGAGAAAGUGAUCGGUUGCAGACUAUAAGACGAGACAGUGAUCGGUCGCUGACUAGAAGACGAGACAGUGAUCGAUCGCUGACUAGAGGACGAGACAGUGAUCGGUCGCUGACUAGAGAACGAGAAAGUGAUCGGUCGCUGACUAGAGAUCGAAACAGUGAUCGGUCGAUGACUAGAGGCCGAGACAGUGAUCGGUCGUUGACUAGAGGUCGAGACAGUGAUCGGUCGAUGACUAGAGGCCGAGACAGUGAUCGGUCGCUGCCUAGAGGACGAGACAGUGAUCGGUCGCUGACUGGAGGACGAGACAGUGAUCGGUCGCUGACUAGAGGUCGAGACAGUGAUCGGUCGCUGACUAGAGGACGAGACAGUGAUCGGUCGCUGACCAGAGGUCGAGACAGUGAUCGAUCGCUGACUAGAGGUCGAGACAGUGAUCGGUCGCUGACUAGAGGACGAGACAGUGACCGAUCACUGACUAGAGGUCGAGAGAGUAAUUGGUCGCUGACUAGAAAACGAGACAGUGAUCGGUCGCUGACUAGAAAACGAGACAGUGAUCCAUCGCUGACUAGAGAACGAGACAGUGAUCGAUCGCUGACUAGAGGACGAGACACUUAUCAGUCGCUUACUAGAGGACGAGACAGUGAUCGGUCGCUGCCUAGAGGACGAGAAAGUGAUCGAUCGCUGACUAGAGGACGAGACAGUGAUCGGUCGCUGACUAGAGGACGAGACAGUGAUCGGUCGCUGACCAGAGGACGAUUAAGUGAUCGGUCGCUGCCUAGGGGACGAAACAGUGAUUGGUCGCUGACUAGAGGACGAGACAGUAAUCGGUCGCUGACCAGAGGACGAUUAAUUGAUCGGUCGCUGACUAGAGGACGAAACAGUGAUCGAUCGCUGACUAGAGAACGAGAAAGUGAUCGGUCGCUGACUAGAGGUCGAGACAGUGAUCGGUCGAUGACUAGAGGCCGAGACAGUGAUCGGUCGCUGCCUAGAGGACGAGACAGUGAUCGGUCGCUGACUGGAGGACGAGACAGUGAUCGGUCGCUGACUAGAGGUCGAGACAGUGAUCGGUCGCUGACUAGAGGACGAGACAGUGAUCGGUCGCUGACCAGAGGUCGAGACAGUGAUCGAUCGCUGACUAGAGGUCGAGACAGUGAUCGGUCGCUGACUAGAGGACGAGACAGUGACCGAUCACUGACUAGAGGUCGAGAGAGUAAUUGGUCGCUGACUAGAAAACGAGACAGUGAUCGGUCGCUGACUAGAAAACGAGACAGUGAUCCAUCGCUGACUAGAGAACGAGACAGUGAUCCAUCGCUGACUAGAGGACGAGACAGUUAUCGGUCGCUUACUAGAGGACGAGACAGUGAUCGGUCGCUGCCUAGAGGACGAGAAAGUGAUCGAUCGCUGACUAGAGGACGAGACAGUGAUCGGUCGCUGACUAGAGGACGAGACAGUGAUCGGUCGCUGACCAGAGGACGAUUAAGUGAUCGGUCGCUGCCUAGGGGACGAAACAGUGAUUGGUCGCUGACUAGAGGACGAGACAGUAAUCGGUCGCUGACCAGAGGACGAUUAAUUGAUCGGUCGCUGACUAGAGGACGAAACAGUGAUCGAUCGCUGACUAGAGGACGAGACAGUGAUCGGUCGCUGACUAGUGGACGUUCAACAUAUAGUUCAAGUCACAAUAUACGCUUACAUAAAAUCAACAUGUACGCAAUUAACGACACGUUGUAA